AAGUAGCCAGGCAUGUCGGGAUCGCUAAUAAGAUGGUCCUUCAUUCGGCCCGGGGUCGCAAUCACCACGUGAGGCCUGUUCAUGAGCGCCUGAGCCUGGGCUGUCAUCUCCAUGCCGCCGACGACAACCGUGCAUCGCAGACUCAUGGCAGACCCGAGAGCAUUAAACUGAUCCGCGAUCUGGAAUGCUAGCUCUCGCGUAGGAGUCAGGACGAGAGCGUAAAUACCGUAGGGAUUCUCGGCCAAUUUCUGCAGAAUUGGCAGAGCAAAAGCGGCGGUUUUUCCACUACCCGUCUGCGCCAUACCGAACACAUCUUUCCCAUUCAGAAUCUGAGGAAUGCAUCCCUCCUGAACAGGAGUCGGUCGCGCCAUUCCGAGCUCCUUGCACGUGACUUGCAACCACGUCGACAAACCCAAACUCUCGAAAGUCCGCAGCGUCUCGGGCCCUUCAUCGUGAUCGUCGGGCUCAGCAUUCCCUGCGCUGGAUUUCUCUCGCUUCUUCUUCUUCUUCGAUCCGCCCGAGCUCACAGGCGUCGGCUUCGUCGCCUUGGACCUCGCAGGCACCAGGGCCAAGCUUCUAGCUGCCGUGGAGAAUAUCGAGGGUGCUCCAUCCUCGACCUCCAUCUCCUCCCGCGACCUGAAUUGCCGAAAUCCUCUGGCGCUGGCGGACUCGCUCGUGAAUCGAGAUCCUGUCCUGAGCCGGCCGAGCAGGGGCAGAGUGGCUGCUUCUCCCUCUCUAGGCGUUAGGUGCGUAAGAAGGCUAGCGUUUAGAGGGACGGCUAACCGUCCGUUAGGGCAUGCCGUUCACACAUAGAGAGGGCGGUCAACUGGGAUUUGGGAUUUGGGGUUUGGGGUUUAGAUUCUUCUCGCAGUUCGACUUCCCCGAAGGAAACGCGCGCGAUCUCCCGUUGCAUCGGCGAAGAUGCCCGGUCGCCCGGGACGGCCCUCGCCCGCCAAGAAUAUGUCGGACGAUGGAGGAAGACGCAAGAGAAAGCAGCGAGGAGGAGGAGCGGGAACGAAGCUUCCCCCGCUCCCCCCUCAAAUCGAAGAUGAUGAAAUUGAGAUAUCGGACGAGGAUUUGGAGUUCGUGCAACAGCACAAGGACUAUGCCGGUUUUAUGGUCAACCUGGACUCGAAAUCCAUCUCCAGGCAAGUACUGGGUUUAAAGCCAGACGAAGAUGUGGAAGCUUAUUACGAGAAAAGAGCAUCGAGAGGAAAUGAGGCCAGUACCACAAAGCCUGCGCCUGGAGAGCCCGUGGAAGAUCUGCCAGUUAAGACACUUUCAGGCGACCUUCACUAUCGAAAGGCUUCGUCAGGAGAUGCAGUCGACGCAACUUCCAUUAGUCUUGAGGAUCGCAGGACUCUUGUACGAAAAGGAGUUACAAUACAUACAGAUGAUGUUCCGGCGAAGGAAGCUACGGAGUCCGCAGAACAGGUCACCGAAGGCAAAGAGAAGAAGAAGUCAAAGUUGGAACGAAGGAAGGAACUCAAGGCUUUGAAGAGGAAGGAAAGGGAGGAAAAAAAACUAGCUGAAAGACCUGAAAGAGAAUCAAAAUUUGCAUCCAUAGCUGAGCAAGACAUGGAGGAGUUGGAAGAGUUCGUAGAUACCCAGCAGAGGAGGUCGGACAUGAGAGCCAGGAUGGCGGAGAUCGGGACAUCAUUACUUGCAGAUCCUGAUAAUAAUCUUGGAAGUUUGAAAGAACUUCAAGAAAUGUGCCUUGAUCGUGAUGAGAGCACCUCACAGUUGGCUAUGCUGUCUUCGAUGACUGUCUUCAAAGAUCUAAUUCCUGGAUAUCGCAUUAGACCACCUACAGAGAAAGAGUUGGACAUGAUUGUCUCUAAAGAAGUGAAAAGAGUUCGGGAUUUCGAAUCAGCCCUCCUUCGACAUUAUCAGGCAUAUGUUCAGUUUCUUGUCAAGUCUGCAAAGUCCAAGAGCAAGCGGUUGACUGCUCUUAGAUGCAUUUGCACACUUCUGGAAGCCGUUCCUCAUUUCAACUACAGAGACAGCCUGCUCAAAACGAUUGUUCCUCGGUUGAUGGCAUCAGACGAUGAAAUCUGCAAGAUGAGCGCCAACGCCAUCACUUCUCUAUUCAACAAUUUUGGCAAGCACAGUGGAGAGGCCACAGUCGAAGCAGUACAGCUGAUUGCCGAUCUGGUGAAACUCCGCAAUUGCCAACUCCGCCCUGAAGCUGUGCAGGUGUUUCUCGCGCUGUCUUUUGAUGAGGACCUUGUGAGGUCAUCGACACUGGCAGCGGCGGGGCAACCCACCUCGAAAGUAAAUGAGAAGAAGUCCAAGAGGGAGGAGAAGAAAGAGAAAAAGGCGAAGAAGCGUGAACUUGCAGCUAAACUGAGGAAGGAGGUAAAAUCAGACUUCAAGGAGGCAGCGGUGUUGCCCGAAGUACGCGAAUACAGGAAACAGCAGACUCUGACACUUUCAUCAGUCUUUGAGACAUACUUCCGCGUUCUGAAAACCAGUUUGAUGCCUCGUGUACAAAGAGAACUCACUGAAGAUGAAGAGAAGGCUGGUGUGAAACUGCUGGGUCCCAGACCCUUGCUGGGAGCAAGCCUGGAGGGAUUGGCAAAGUAUGCUCACCUGAUCAAUGUAGACUUCAUGGGUGAUCUACUAGACGUUCUGCGGGCCCUUGCCAGCGGUGGAAAAGUGUCGGAGGAUGAAGAAUUUUCGGAGGGAACUACAAGUGUCUGGGAGAGGCUGCAAUGUUGUAUCAUCGCUUUCAAGAUUGUCAAAAACAAUAUGGAUGCCCUCAAUAUCGAUUUGCGAGAGUUUUACGUCCGAUUCUACAAUCUGCUCUUCGAAGCGAUUUUUGUGAGAGAAGAGGAAAAGAGCGGAGAGAUACUGGCCCAAGCAUUGCAUGCUAUGCUAUGGGACGGCCGACACACUGACAUGCAGCGUGCUGCUGCUUUUGUGAAAAGACUUUCGACUCUUGCAUUGCACUUGGAGUCGGCCGAAGCCAUGGCUGCCUUGGUGACAGUACGCCAUCUUCUCGUACGCUACAAGAAAUGCCGAAACAUUUUGGAAAACGAUGGAGGGGGUACUGUAGGUGGCGGCAUUUCUACAUAUAGCCCUGAAGGUGAUGAUCCAGACCUAAGUGGAGCUCUAUCCACGAUAUUGUGGGAGUCGAGCUUACUAGCCGAGCAUUGCAAUCCCCAUAUCGCGACCAUUGCCUCCACGAUUUUGACCAUGAAUAAUUCAAAUUCAUUAGUUUUACCAACUCUAACACCCUCUGAUGCCAUUAGAGAUUACCGCUCAGUACUGACCAGAGUUGAGGACGGCUAUUCAAAGCCAAAGAGGAAAAAGGCUCGACGGUCUUGCAAACAGCCUCUUUCAGAUUUCAUGAGCAGUCUGCAGGAAAAAUACGAUUUCACCGAAACAGCUGAAGUACCUCAGGAUCUAGUAAAACCUGUGGAGAAAUUUUUGACCAGUCAUUUCAAAGUAAUGAAAGCAUUAUAUUCUUGACCUGCAAGAAGAAUCUGGCAUGGGUCUUUUCCAAAGUUUCGAACAAUCCCCUGUCCACGUUCGCUGAAGUCUCUUAUCGGACCAUGAUUUUGCACUAGCGUCUAUCUCUGCUACCGCCGUCAACAGACGCUUUUUGCCGAAUGGACCUUGAAGAACACACUCAAUAACACACCUUUCUGGCACUUCGGAGGCGUCGUAGAUUUAUUUCAAGCACCAAAUGCGUUUGUGACUUGAUGGCACGAUACAUGGCCUCUACUGCUUUCGGGGUCAGCCAGCCUCGUGUUUGGGAUUAGUGUCUUCUCUCGGCCACGGCUUCCACAAAGGUCCGUU